GUUGUUUUGGUGUCACCGAAAGGAGAGCUCAUUAAGAUGAAACUUCAUUUCCUCUUUUAUAUUUCCUUGGUGCAGUCCUGUGGCAGGUUUGUCUUUAUAGGCGAGAAACACAUUGCCUUAUUUGGACACGUGAUCCAAAUCAUGACAACACCUCACCAAGAACUGUGCCUUUAUAAGUGUUUGGAAACCUCUCAGUGCAUGUCAGUUAACAAGUACGAAAACGAGUCUGGAGUGUUUUACUGUGAGCUUAACAAAUCAGGCAAGGAAUCAAGUCCAAAUGACCUAAAACCGAGGCCAGGAUUUGUUUACCUGCAAACAGUAGUAAGUUUAUGGACAUGUAACACUAUCUCUGUGAUUUUUUUUAAAGACUUUUCUUUUUUAGCUUGUCAAUAAUGAAUUUGAAAAUGCGUCUAACGUUUUACUUGUUAAUGUUUCUUGGCUCGAUUGUUGUCAAUGAGAGAGUUGCCGCCCAAUGUAAGGGAAUUGGGAUUCCGGAAUCCCGCAAAAUCAUGCUUGAGUAUCCGAAAUCCUGGGCUUUGGAAUCCGUAAUACAGCUCAAUGAAUACGAAAUCCCACUAACAAUUGGAAUCCAGAUUCCAAGUUCCACUGACAGAGACUGGAAUCCAGUACCUGGAAUCCGGAAUCCACGGUAUGGAAUCCAGAAUCCAAGACUGUCUUGGAUUCCCUUACAUGGAGUGAGAGUUGCAUCGAAAGUGUAAGUGUAAGUAGUGUCACGGGACAUUUGGAGCAGGCGUAACAUUCAGUACAUUGGUGGUAAUGACUAAUGUCUGAAAAAUAGUUUUGUACUGCCGCCCCCACCUCACCCCUAAGAAAAUAGAGAAGAGGGACGUCUGUGUCGUUCUAUUGCGACAGUAAUAUCGGGAAGUUUAAGCAACGACGUUUUUGAGUGAUGCACGUCAACCGGAAAUGGACUUUUUGCAAUCUUGGGCCGUGGUUUUGAACAAAUUUUCUAGCAAGGACUCACUUCCGGUAGACGUGCGUCUCUCAAAAACACCUUUGUUUGAGGAAUGGGGGCGACUGUACACAGGAAAAGUCAACGUUAGAAUCAACGUGAAUGGUGUAUAACCAGUUCGUAGCAUGACGUCACAAAAAGUGAAUUAAUAGGUAACUUUGUGCUUGAAUGUUAAUACAAUUAUUUUCAGGAAGUGGAACACUGUACCGAUGACAGUCUUUGCCAUCACAAAAGAGGUAUUAAAAGUAAAUAGGUACUAUUAGCACGAUUAGUUCUUGGCUUACUGUAAAGAAAACUCUGCAAGGAACCUUGUUUAGUUCGGUUCUGAUUUGCUUUGAUUAUUUUUUUUUUCUGUUGUCUGUGUGACAUUUUGGACAUUUUUUUAAAGAAAAAAAAAUUAAAAAAGGGGUCAAUUAGAGGCCGUUUGCAAUGGGUUGGUAUUUUUAGAGGUGGGCAUGGCAUCAUAUAUCACGUAUAUCAAGCAUGAGACGCCGUGUUUCAUCACCAGAUGAAACACAGAGAAGAGAGUUGAAAAUACGACGCGCAGCGAAGUAUUUUUGACAAACUUCGGGGUGUUUCAUCUGGUGAUAAAUCACUGUGUCGAAUGCUUGAUAUUAAUUCUUAAAUAAAAUGAUUUUAAAAGGAGAAAUCAAGGACGCAAAAAUGAGCAGUUUUUCAUCGGAUUUCCAAACACUCAUUAAACAUCAAUUUUCCUUUGUAUUGUCUUUAUGAAUUAUUAAUGAGUUUCAGCAAUUUCCAUCCAGCAAUGUUAUCAACUUCGCUUAGCAAGGUCAUCGAUAAGUCGGGGGAUAUUCAAUCGACCAAAAGUCAAAAAAAAGAGUGCACUACAGAAAAUAGGCGAGAAAUUGACAUCUUACAUCUCGAAGUUCCUUCUACACAGACUCACCUUUACACGAUUACAUUCCCAAUAAGUAAUAACUAAUUUUGACUUGUCUUGCUUCUGACCAAUUUCCUAUCAAUCCCCUGAUUAGACUUCAGGGCCCAGUUUUUCAAAAGGUGGAUAAGGUUAUCCACCUGGCCCCCGAUGUUCAAACGUUGAAUAGUGCAUUCCACCGCAUAAAUCACUAUCCAGCGGAUAAAUAUUAGGGAAACCGAUUACGUUAUCCAUUGGAUAGUGAUUUAUCCAGUGGAUAGCUAUAGCGUUAUCCACCUUUCGAACAACUGGAGCCUGACCUCGGUUGUUCAAAGGCUGGAUAGUGCAAUUAGUUUCCCCUAGAUCAUUCUCUCUUGGUUUCCCCAAUACUUAUCCAUUGGAUAGUGAUUUAUGCGAUGGAUAGCGCUAUCCAACUUUUGAACAACGAUUGGAUAAAUCUAUCCAGUGGGUAGUGCAAGUGGUUUCCAUAAUAACUGGAUAGUGAUUUAUCCGUAAAUGGUGCUAGCCAGCUUUUGAGCAACUAAGACCUGUCUCAUACUUGUAUCUCGCCUUGAACUGCAUUAUUUGUUUUUUAUCUUGGUUGCCUUUUAAUUAGCCCUCCCAAAUGGAUGGUUCCAAUUCGGUUCCAAAGUAUACAAGUUCUUUCACGAGAGGAAGAAUUGGAAAAACGCCGAACAGGUUUGCCAAGCAGAGGGUGGAAAUCUAGUGAGUUUUACGAGCGAACUUGAGAACAAAUUCGUUUUCGAUAUGUUCGCAAGGAAUACCUCUAACGAUACCGCUGCAGGUGAGAAUUUUUAUAACUAAAAUGCGCUGAAUGCUGGGUGUGAUAUGAUUGGUCCUUUACUUGUGUAAUCUGGAAUCCGGAAAAACAUUGCCUGUGGAAUCUGGACUCUAGGAAUUUUUUUCCGGGGAAUCCGGAAUCCUGGGCUUUGUAAACCGUAAUCCAUCUCAGGGAAUCCUGAAUCCCUCUAACGAUUGAAUCCAGAAUCCAAGUUCCUCUCACAAAGAAUCCGGAAUCCACAGCGUGGAAUCAAGAAUACAAGACUGUCUUGGAUUCCCUUACCUUGGGAGAUAUCUUAGAAGAGAAACACGAAUGACGUCACAGGGAAACUUUUUUUUUUGGUCCCACAUGGCAAGCGGUUGAAAAUUUUGAGGUCGUUUCAAAUUUAGCCUAGUAAAGGCAUCGAAUACAAUCAAGCUUAAGGGGAGCUAUUUACAAGUAAGAAAAAAGAAAUAGCUCCUAUGCUGACCAAUACAAAUCUAUUUCUUGAAUUGUCCUUAAUUCACAGGUUCGAUCAUUUACCAAGCUUUAGCAAUAUUUUUCUGGAACAUUUGUUAUUUUCUCUUCAGAAAAAAAGUGUUAUUUUUAUCUUAAUUGUCACCACCACUAACAGAGUCUCUUCAUUUGCAGAGACGUAUAAUUUGAUCUCUCACUGGAAACUUGAUGGCACUGACAAUGAUAUCACGUAUGAUUUCUUUCUUAUUCCUUAGUUACCGUAAAAUUCCGAAAAUAAGCCCUUCCAUGUAUAAGCCCCUCCAAAUAUAAGCCCCCCAAACCGGUAACGCAAAAAACCCUCCGUUAAAUCGCCCCUCCAAAUAUAAGCCCCCCGGGGGCCUGUACUUGGAAAAUUGCCCUCAAAUACAAAGUAAACAAAACAAAAACUUUAAAUUUACUUCCAACUAUAAGGCUAGCCCUAUCGAUUUUGAAACGCAAAUUUCCCUCCGUACAUAAGCCCCUCCGAAUAUAAGCCCCUCCAAAAAUAAGCUCCUCAAAAAGGGCCUUUGAAAAAUAUAAGCCCCGGGGCUUAUUUUCGGAAUUUUACGGUAUUAUAUGAGUGGGACAUUCAAUGGCACGCAUAUGCUGCACAAUACCUUUUUGGUCUAUGAGUUUACCUCUUAAAAACACAACCUUGGUUAAAACUUUAAGCUCUCUGAGGAAAAUCUAAUGUUACAUUUAAAAAAAAUUCCUUCCAUUUCUCCACUUGGCUGUGUAUUGUUAUUGAUCAAAUCCAGAACAAACAAGUUGCAUACAAGCCGUAGUCGAGUGGGACACAUAUGUUUUUACGCACACUGCAUUACUAUCGAGUCAAAAUCGAAUCUCAGAGUCUUGUGAAAUCUUUAAGUCCUGUUAUCAUGACUACUAUUCAGGUUAUUAUUAUUAUUAUUGUUAUUUUCAAACAGCUUAGAAAAUGGUGCAAAAUACCUGAAUGAAACAGGAAGGACGUACUUGUAUCUUAAUGGAGCAGGAGCAUAUGCCACGACACCAGCAAGGAAUUUUCGCGAGGGAAGCUUUACGAUUGCCUGCUGGGUGAAACUCCUCAAUCCUGUGACCAGUGAAUCAGCAAUAUAUUCCAUAUGGCCGAAGAAUGAUCAUGAAAAGCAGUUUCUGUUUCAGGCGUCGAUGUUUGGAAAAGUGGGAUUUGCAGCUAUUAAUAUUGACAACGCCUUUAAGCCCCUCUUUAGUGCCGGGUAAUUUUCCUACAAAUCAAUAGGCCAUUUGCCGAGUUGCCGCCCCACGCCUUUUAUUCUCAUGAAAAAUAAAAUAAUAUUUAAAGUUUUACAUUUAGCCUCGUUCAUUUACCUCAGCAAACUUAAUAAAUACUGUACAAGAAGUUGAGGUUUUGAUUUGUUUUUCGUGAGGAGAACCCAACUAGCCAUCGGGCUUAUGGGAGAGUUCAGUGGCAAAACUUGAUGGCUUGAUGGCGGAUUGUACGUGUUUUGUAAACUAAUUUUCUAGUAUUGUUGAUCGCAUAAAGCACACAAUUAUACAAUUAGAAGAAGCACUCAUGGGUGAUAUACCAGGGUCAAUACUUUAGUGCCAAAUGUGUUUUGAGAGCAAUGUUUGCUUGUCGUUUAGUGAUUAACAAAACAAUUACUAGUUAUUACAUCGAACCUCGUCGCCGUUUCUAAAUAGAUCCCGACCAACUAAUUGUUUCAAACGAAAACGACUCGUUUCGGAAAAGUUCCCGAAAGAGGAGUACUAAGUAAGAUGGAAGGCAAGAAGGAGGGUUUUCGGAAAUGCACUGUUUCUUGCAUGUGCCGGCCAUGAUUAAAUGCUCGAAAAUGAAGAGAAAAGACGAGAGUAAUGAUAACACACCUUCAAAAAUAACCCGGAAACCGAAGGUGUCAUCAGUCUGGAGCGUUUUCGAUCUCUAGAACUAACGAAAAGGAGGGUCGAAAACUGCGCCAAAGCGCUAGUAAGAACCUAGGCUUUUCGUUGCGUGUCUGUGUGUGUUUUGUUGUUGUUGUUGUAGUUAAGAAGAAAACUAGGGUGCUCGAAAGCACUUAAGUCAGUAUAGGCAGGAUCUGAAAACGCCCGGUAAUCACCGAUUCACAUUUACUUAGUGAUAUAAAUCGCUAUAAAUCGACUUUUUUUUACGUCAAAUAGAGACAUAACCGCUGAUAACCAGUUAAACGUAUCUUUACAGCAAACCUCCAAUUGGUGCAUGGUUUCACGCAGCUGUAGUAUGGGAUCGAGCAACCAAUGAGGUCAAUCUUUAUAUAAAUGGCACGAAGGUGGGAACAAGUGUUGUGCAAGAACACUGGUACCUAAUUGACAGAUCUCAUUUGGUCCAUCACAUUGGUCUCAAGGCGGAUACGGACCAAACACUCCACGGAUACCUGGGAGAUCUUAUGGUGUUGGGCAAAGCUCUUAAUGAAACUGGCAUCAAGAGGAUAUCAGGUGCGUAACGCUUAACAUGGGAAUCCAAAUACGUCGUAAGUAUGUGUGAUUGGUAUGAACCAAAUGUCACAAAAAUAAAUUGAUUUACCUGUGUUAAUUGCUCAGUUGGAGAGCUAUUAAAAAGAAUGAAUUUAAAGUAAAUUCCAGAUGGCGGGCAUUUUCAAUGACUUCUUAGUUUCCAUGAUAUUUACAUAACCAUUUUGUAGAGCACCGAGAGAGCGGUAGAAAUCGAGCCUAUGUAAAUUAGACUGCUUUUGAUAUUUCAAAAAAAACAGCAAAAAUCUAAAGGCCUUUGGAGCCAUCCUCCCAAUGCACCCCGGUUGGGGGGGGGGGGGGGGAUAAAAAAACAACCCAGGCCCAAAAAUUUUUAUUAAAUUUUUUAAAGGUUUUUAACCACAUUGACCACCAAACCACCAAAAAUUUUGCGAAAAAAAUAAAAACGCUAACAAAAAAAAAAAGUUUAAACCCCAAAAAACCAGUUAAAAACCCAACACAGCCCCCCGUUUAUUUUUUUUGUUUUUCUUUUUUUUCUGUUUUUAUUGUUUUUUAAGUAGUUUUAACAACAAUAUUUUGGAGGAGCGAGAGGGGGGGAAAAAAAGUAGCUUGUUGAAAUAUACUUGUGUUUUUAAUAAAAAAAAAAAAAAAAAAAAAAAAAAGGGCGGGGGGGCCCCCCCCCCCACCGCCCCGGGGGGGGGGGGGGGGGGGGGGGAAUAAAACAUGAUCCGAGGCCUAAAAUUUUACUUAUACUUUAUAGAGCGUUUCUACUAACGUGACCAGCAGCUACGCAAAUAUAUUGCGAAAAAUUAGAAAGCGUCUACAUAAGAAGAGAGUUUAACUCCCAGAAGACCAGUUUGGAACACCAACAUGGCCGCCGUUUCAUUAUUUUGUUUCCUCUUUUUUACUGUUGAUUUUUUCAGAUGACUACGAGAAAGACAGAGGGAUAUGGAUUGGAUUGCAUGACGUUACAGGCUCAGGAUUAUAUCGGUGGAGCGACAGUACGGAUGUUGUUUACACUAAAUGGGCAUCCGGACAACCUGACCGCCGUGACAACAGGCAGGAGUGCGUGACAAUAAUGUAUGAUCGUUCUGGAUACUGGGAAGACAUUAACUGCAACCUCCAACUACCGUUUAUUUGUCAGAAAUUUGCAUAAAAAUUACAUUUUUUUUCUCUCCUCCUCCAUUCAAUCGGAUGCUUUUUUUCUCUUUAAUAUGUAUGUCAUCCUUACAUUCUAGAAAAACAUUGAAAAGUAAGUUAAUUACUGUUUUUUGUUUUUGUUUUUUGGUUGUUUUGUUUUGUUCUGUUGAGAGCGUUACAUGCGCUAGAAGACCUAGAACCACUUUUUAAAAUUUUCUAUAGAUUUGUCUGUAAGAAAGUCCCGGGAAAAGUUACAGACAAAUAUUUGGAAAAUCUAAGCAAGCCUCUGGGGAAUUUUAAGCACAGGUACGGUCCCAAAUUUUUUUAGCACAAUCCUUUGCUUUGUAGCUUUUGUUCAGAACAGCACCGUCUAACACUAUUGCAUCAAUAUUAUGGAAGGGGUGGGGGGGGGAGAGGAGGACAGUCUAUACAGAGGAGCAGCUUUUCGAGGCGCCCUUUACCCAAUUAGGGCGUGACUCUAAGCUAGGUAUUAUUAAGUACAAUUAAUGCAUUACUUUAUGAAUUGCACAAGAUUUUCGUUCAUUACAGUACUUUUCUUUUGAAGAAAUACUUUAUCAUCAAGGCGAUUGUGUGGUUUGCCAACAUCACGAGGAUUAAAUUGACAAGAUUUUGUUGACACGUGGGUGUAGAUUCACCGGAUGUUAAUCAGCACCGAAAUUACUAUAACGACUGUCGACAUGUUUACAAGUUAAAUCCUUCAUAACUUUUAGAACUUUGAAGGGGAUUUCCUCACGCUCGUGAUCGAAUCAUUUAACAUUUCGAACAUUUCAUCAGCGAAGUGCGUAGACCUAUAACUACCAUUGCCUUCUCUGUCAGCUUUAACCAUGAUUAUUUCAAAGACUCAUAUCAACUCAUUUAGUGCAUUUCGUCUUUCGUUAAAUGUUAAAUUUGAGGUCUAGUAUUUUUCACUUGGAAGUUUCCAGGCGUGAUCUUUCAGAGGACGUUCGUACAGUUGUUUAAGGUAAUGUUUCAAUUACCUAAUGUUGAGUUAAUAAUUCAAUUAUUUUUUAACCCAUAUUCAGACAGAUUUUGUUUGAGUUUCUUUGAAACUUUGGUGUCUGAAACGAAAUUUCAAAAGUACUGAAGCUCAAACACCUGUAUGUUAAUAAUAACUACUGUGUUCUAAUUCUAAUUCUAAAACUUGAAGCUAUAGUCUAGGUGACUUGAUGAAGAUAUGUAGCGUGAAUGGAAUGUCCUCAACGACUCAGUAAUAAAGCCUCUGAGUGAGAGGUAGCCAUGUGAAGAGUUUAUAUUAUUGUCUUAUUCCGUGCCUUGCCCCUCUUCACCAGGCUUUUAGUAUCCUUUUGUUUUAAAGGGCACUUAACUCUUGAAUUAAUUCCUGCUGUGUGUGAACUUGACGUUAAGGUAAGUUAACAAGCUAACGUUUUAAUUUCAAUAAAUAAUUUAGGAACUGUUUAACAUUUUCAUUGGUGCAAACGUUUUACCUUUCCAUUCAAUUUUUCCCAACUGAGGUGGUUUAUUUUUCAAAGACAGUCUAUUGUAAAAUAGGAUAAACACAAUUCGGCAUUUGAUGCCCAGUCAUUCACAUAGAACAAUCAGUUUAACGAUGAAACUAGAACUAACACAUGAAGGGAAUUGAACUAAAUUUACACAUCAAUCCCAUAAAAGAAAAUUUAAGACGAGAAAUUAAGACGAAAAAUUGCAUGUUUUUCUGACUGAUUAGCAACCACACUGUAGGUUACUUGUUAUUCAAGACAAUCAAACCCCCUAUGACUUAAAGUAAACUUUCUCAAAGAAGGCAAAAGCGGAACCCCAUUGGAUUCAUUAAUGUAACCGCCAGGGUGAAAUUUGCCUCGGUCGUGCAACAAACUGUUUUCAAGCUUUCUAUGAAAGUUUCGUGAGUAUUGAAACGGCAUUUCCUCCUUUACAGUGCACAAUGUCCGCAUGACUGACACCUGUAUCAAAGGAGCGUAAUUGAAAUAGCUAUCUUUAUUCAAAACUUUAGUCUUUGAAAUCUUUUGUUGUUGUUGUUGUUGUUCCUGUAUAGGUUUAAGCGAAGCAGGCGAACCAACUAGACCGCAAUGAUCGUCUAUUUUGUACUUAUUCACAUCUCCGCGGUGCAUUCUUGUGGCAGAUUUCUCUUUACGGGCGAAAGAAACGUCGCCCUGUAUGGCCAUGUCCUCCAAACCAUGACAACACAUCAGCAAGAAUUGUGCCUUAACAAAUGCUUGGAAAUAUCACAGUGCAUGUCAGUCAACAAGCACGAGAGCGACACUGGGCAGUUUACAUGUCAGCUUAACAAAUCAGGCAAGGAAGCAAGUCCAAACGACUUGAAGCCGAAGCCAGGGUCUGUUUAUCUUCAAACAGCAGUAAGUUUAUAGGCGAGGCCUUGUUUGCAAUUUUUGCCUCAUUAGCACCCGCUUAUAAUUCUUUGAACACGUUCUACAAAUAGCGGCUGAAAAACAAAAGUUGUGUGGAAGUAAAACUGACGAUCUCGAAAAAAAUUUGGAUGAUAAACUAAUAAAAUACUUUUCGUACAAUGUCCCUCGCAAAACUCGAAAUUUAACUAUUACUGUAUGAAUCAUUAGUGUUAGCUCCUCCAGAAGUUCAAAAUUUUUAGACUGUCAUUUAGUUAAUAUUUUGAGGAAGGGACUUGAAAUUGGGAAGAUAAUUCAUUGGGCAAACUGGUAUGUUAAUGGUCCAACAAUUUAACAAUGACGUCACAAUCAAUUUUCGCAUAUUAUUAAGGAUCUCAGAUCUCCGAGAAUGAAUAGGCCUUUUUCAAAAUACCAUGAUAAUACUCUUUGCUGUCCCUCCAAAAGCAUUGUUUUCAGUUUCUCUUGGGGGGAUUGCCGUAAGUCUCAAGAGAAAUUGAAAAAAAAUAUUCUUAAGCAAAAUUUUGGAGGGAAAGUAAAGAGUAUUAUGGUAUUUUUGUCAAAGGCCUAUAUCUCCUACGUUUUCCAUUGUUUUCAGGUUCAGGAUGACUGUCCUGUCGAUAUUUGUAUUCAUAAAAGAGGUAAUAGUAAUUUGCAACUCUUCUUAAGCUGUUAAAUAAUAGUAAUAAUUAUUAUAAUUAUUAUAAUUAUCAUUAUUUUUGUUAUUUACCCUCCGCAUGCGGUUUGUAUAGUGCAAACGCUUGUGGGUCAUUGCAGACAACUAAUAAAGUAGAUUGAAACAAAAAUGAAAUAACAGGGUUUAAGUCGAAUCUCAACUCGCCGAAGGCAAACCAGUUGGCUCUUUACAAGAGUGGUCGAGGAUUUGAACUUUGGACUACCGUGAACAAACUUUCAGCUAGGGGCCUUCGGAUUACAGAGAAGUCCAGCGCUCUAUCCGCUCGGCCACGCUAAACCACUAAAUUCUGUACAUAUUCAAAUGCAAUGAUUGCACUUACCACCACAUUUAUUUGUUACCAGCUCUUCCUGAUGGAUGGUUUCAAUUUGGCACCAAGGUUUACAAGAAAUUUUCUGAGAAGAGCACCUGGAAACAAGCAAAACAGAUUUGUCAGGCAAACGGAGGAAAUCUAGUGACCAUUCAAAGCGAAAGCGAGAACAAAUUUAUCUUCGAGAUGUUUGUCCAGAACAAAACUAAUACCACUCACGAUCAAGGUAAACUGGAGAUAGUAUAAUAUAAACAAAAUUGUCUGCUGAAAUGGAGGUGAGCAAUUCAUCGAUAAUAUACUAAUGGAGAGCCUGCCUUAAUUGUUUUCUUAAUUUCGAAAGGACAAACCUGCCGUAGAAGAUCCAGCACGAGACUAUUCUGCGCAGCAGGCGCUUGAAAGUAAUAUGGGUACAACGAAGAACGGGACACGGUGAUCGGGCCACGAACUCGCACAACCAAUCAUUUGAGGAGCAAUAAAUGACACAGUUCGGUAGUACGCGACCCACUGUGCGGGAGGGUCAUGCUUGACAUAUGAAAUAUAUGAAAAAUUGAAUAUUUUUCCCAUUUUUGGUAUCGUUUAAUAAAUUUCUGGCACAAAAAUGGCGAAAAUCAGGAUUUUUGCUUGAAAAAAGUUCGACCUCAUGCCACUUAGAAGUCACACUCCAUAACCAUAGCAACCAGUUAUUAUAAAAGAACGGUAAUUUAGAAAAACAAUCCUAUAAACCACUGCUCUCUGAUGGAGUUAUAAAGUUUACUUUGCAUCGAGACAGGACUUGGGUUUCUCCUUACGUACUUUCAACUCACUUUACAUAACACUAAAACUAAGGGAUUUAGAUUUCACUAAAAAAAUACAGUUCUUUUUGAAAACUUGUUGUUUGCAGAUCAGUACAAUAUGAUAGCUCAUUGGAAACUGGACGGAACAGACCAUGAUAUCACGUAAGUCUGAUGACUGAAUCUUUACGAAAGUUUAUGCUUGAAGCGUCACAUUGCCAAUUACAAGUCGUCAUUUACGAGUAACGCAAAAAGAAAGGCCACUCGGCCUUUACGAUCCGCUUGGUAAUUCGGAAACAAAAUAAUUCCAUUGCGUUUACUGGGGUGGAGUUGGAGAUUGUUCUUAGCAGACCAUGCAGACACCUCGUCAACAAUGCCUGCGCAUGACUAGUCCCUUUAUUUUCCACUACCUCGUAGACUAUAGUGUCGUCCACGUACUUGAAAAGACCGCUCGAAGUAUCUGCACUAAGAUCGUCAAGCAUAACAAGAAACAGCCAGGGGCCCAAUUUGGCCCCUUGAGGAACCCCUGCACGAUCCGAACUCCAUUCGGAGAAGCAGUCUUUUUCUAGCUUGGCUCGUUACUGCUUGUUGGAAAGAAAGGCUGCAAUCCAAUUUAUGAUGUAAGAAUUGAUAUCAUAUUGCCUGAGCUUGGCCAUCAACACACUGUGACUAUCUAUAAGUCGAACGUCUUCCUGUAAUCUAGAUCAAAGGUCCUUACACAGUCCCCAGUUCCAUCGAGAGCGCGAGUCCCGUAAUGGAACAUGCUAUUUAAGGCAUCCUUUUAAUUAUUUUAUCUUAUUUUUCGGCAGGGUGGAGGAAGGGGGGAGGGGGCUUGGUUAGAGGGUUGUUGGAGGGCCGCGGUUUAGGGAGAAAUAAAAAAUAAGCCUUUCAUUUCUGUCAUCAUCUAAACAGUCUAGUUAACGGCGCAGAAUAUGUAAAAGAGGAUGGAAAGAACCACUUAUAUCUCAGUGGAGCAGGAGCGCAUGCCACCACUCCAGCCAGAAAUUUUCGCGACGGAAGCUUUACCAUCGCAAGCUGGGUAAAAUUGUCUCAACCAGUGAAUUUACAUUCCCCUAUAUAUUCAGUGUGGCCAUCAAGCGGUGGUCAAUUCUUAUUUACCAUCCAGGAUGGAAGAUUGUUAUUUGCAGCUGUUAAUACGGACAAUUCAUUACAACCUUUACUGCACACGAGGUAAAUAUUCUACUAGUUGGGUCAAUCUUAAACAGUGGGAGGUGGGGGGGGGUGGGGCUCGGAGGCCCCUUCCCCCCUCUAUAAUUUUAAAACCGAUCAUGCUAAGGCCACCAAAAGUACGCAGAAUAAUGUACUCAUCCUUUUAAACUUUUGGCUAUAGCUUGCUGGACAUAAUAACAUAAGCUGACGUCAUUAUAACAGAAGUUAUGCAACUUUUUAGUAAGACCCCUGCGGUCUGAAUUUGAAUAGGAUUAACCGAUGCAUUUUAUGACUGAGAAGUCACGAAAAGUUAUGGCUCAGUGACGGAGCGUUCUAAACUAGGCAUGUGAAAGGAGGAAAGGAGUACCAUUGUUUUGUAUUUAGAGGAUAUUACACGGUGGCGCGAAGAUAUGAAUUUUAUUUUCGAGUGGCAAAACAAUAUUCGAGUGAGUAAAAUAUUGUUUUUGCCCCGAGAAAAUAAAAUUCUUAUCUUCAAGCCGCCGUGUAAUGUUCUUUUCAUUAUAUAGACAAAACGACAUCGAUAAGAUAAUAGAUAUUUCUAAGCCAAAAGGUAAAUGUGACGGCUUAAAUUUACAGUACAGCAAGAUGAGACAUUGGUUACAAUAAUCUUGAGAAACAACAAUGAGCUGAAUAGGGCUCUACAAUGACAAAAUAUAAGAAAAGCUUUGAAAAAUAUGUAAGUAAAACUCAAAAGACGCAAGACGCCUACAAAUUUCGAAGGGAAAUUACCGAAAUUAUGUCAUCGAUAAACUCACGUGUGAGAUCAUGGAAAAUAAACCACUCGGGUCCCGGAUGUAGUUUUUAUGAAUUUUACGAGUGGUAUAUUUUCCAGUAAAACACUCGUGUCUAUAUAAUAAAUAUAAUUUAAACACAAGGGGUAACUUUUCUGUCAAAAAUGGUGUAUGAAAGAGUACAGAGCUUCCCGGUCAUGAAACAGUUGCAAGUCUUAAAAACAGUAUACACUGUCCCCAGAAGGGGAGGUUAAUAUUGGUGGGGUUAUAUACCGCGACGCGAAGCGUCGAGGUAUAUAUCUAGCGCUGUCCACCGACCCUGAGGGGGAUAGUUGUUUUAGUAUUUACCAAAUCAGUUGGAUAAAAAUGAAAAAAGGUAACCUGUUGUAAAGUAAAAACGUCACUUAGUAGGAACACUGUUCACAAUUUACAAACAUUUCGGUGAUUUUGUCAAGUGCAAUUUUACGAUUUUGUUGCAAAUUCAGCAUGAAAAUUAAUGAUUUUCUACCUACCAGUAAACACCGACAAGCCAAAGUUCGUCGCUUUCUUGGUAUUUGUUUGUACGAAUACUUCAUCUAUCGCUCACAUUUUGUGUUCCGACAAUGCCUCGAAACGAGACGCCAUCUCGGCUCCGGUCGCAAAACAGUGAAUAACCAAGGAUAUUCCGAGUUACGGGAGCCAAUCAAAACGCGCGAAAAUUGCUAGUUACUGAUUUGGUAAAUACUGAAAAUGUUAAAUAUCAAAACUGGUCCAUUAUUUUUGGAAUUCAAUUGAUACGAAGAAACGUUUUAACUUUUUUAAGAUUUCAAAUAGCGUGACCGGUAGCCCCUCUAGAGUUUUCAUAGGAAGCGUACAAGCUGCUGUGAAGUUUCCGAUUGUCACAAAAAAGCUUUUUUUCAGCACACCAUCGCCAGUUGAUAGAUGGCACCAUGUAGCUGCAGUGUGGGACCGCACAAGCGACGAAGUUUACCUCUACCUCAACGGUACAAGAGUGGCAACUCAAGGUGUGCAGGCGCACUGGUAUAUUGUCUUCAACUUAAUAUCUACCCAUGAUAUUGGUCUAAAAGCGGACGACGGAACAACCUUGAAAGGCUUUCUAAGCGAUCUAAUGGUGUUUGGCGAGGCGCUUAAUGAAGACGGAAUAAGGAAGAUCUUAGGUAACCCAUACGAUUGGCUGGGCGUCAAAUGAGAUUGCACGCUUCGUUCCGGACGCAACUGGGCCGGCUAAUGACAUGAAAUUUCUUGCAGUUUCUGUUGCCCAAACUUCUGCACUAAAUAAGAAUUUUGUUGUAUAAAACUACUACAACACAAGACUAGUGAUAUCCUUUAGUGCAUACAAUUUGACAAUGUAGCAACUCUUACUUAGUUAACAAAAUCGUUGUUCAGCCAAGAUUGGAUUAAAAUCCUGCAACCUGAUUACUGAUUACUGCUAUUUCCAGGCCUAAAGAGUUGAUAAAUGUGCUGACCAUUCAAAUUUUCUAAAGUUGAUGUAUCUAUCCAGAUGUUAUUCAAACAUUUGAGGUUUACUUCCCAUGCACAUGCAGUGUUUUUAUGUUUUGUUUUGUUGUUUUUUUUUUCUGUAGAUGACUAUAGGACGGACCGCGGUGUCUGGAUCGGAUUGAAUGACGUCACAGGAUCGGGAUCAUACAAGUGGGAGGACAAUACGACCCUCGUUUACACCAAAUGGGCAAACGGGGCACCUGAUCGACGUUACAAUAUCCAAGACUGUGUAACAAUAAAAGACGACGGUUCUGGUCACUGGGAAGACAUAAACUGCUAUCAUCACCUUUCGUUUAUCUGCCAGAAAAAUGCAUAA